CGUCGUUAGCUGCUGAUCUCGUUGUGAUAGUAAAAACUUGAUCAAAUUACACUUUUUAUCCGAAACUUCGCCUAAUUUUAGAAAAAGAUUAUAAAUUAUUAUUGAAUAUUUAUUAUUAAUUUUGCGUUUUUUGAUGAUGUCCAGACCUGAUGAUGAUAAGUUAUUCUUGUCCAUCGAAAUAAGCACACAACAAACAAAGGUGAUCGUAAUAAAUAACGGAUGGAGAGUCGUUUAUGAGGAUGCUGUCACCUUUGAAACUGACUUGCCACAGUAUAAAACCAAAUCGGGAGUAACCUAUCACGAGGAUGGCAAAACCGUUACAGCCCCCGUACUCAUGUGGAUUGAGGCAGUUGACCUGAUUCUAGAGAGAAUGAAAGAGAACAGUGUCGACUUUUCAAAAAUUGUAGCUGUUUCUGGAGCAGCACAGCAACAUGGAAGCGUUUAUUGGAGGUAUGGAAGUGAAGGGUUACUCACAAAUUUGGAUAGUAACCUUCCGAUGCACAAACAAUUAAAGGACGCCUUCACUAUCCUGGACAGUCCCAUAUGGAUGGAUGCCAGUACGGAGGAAGAAUGCAGAGAGAUUGAAGAAAAAAUGGGAGGAGGAGAGAAGCUCAGCCUCAUAACUGGCUGUCGGGCAUUUCACAGAAUCACCGCCAACCAGAUAAAGAAAAUUUACAAACAUCAUCACCAGGAAUAUUUGCAAACGGAAGUGAUAAGCCUGGUCAGUAGUUUUGCGUGCAGUUUGAUGCUUAGAAGGUACGCCAGCAUCGACCUUCCCGACGGGUCUGCCAUGAAUCUGUUGCAUCUGAAGGAACGCACCUGGAGUGAGAGGUGUCUGCAGGCGUAUGGGAUGGAUGGUUUGGCAAUGAAACUUAGACCACUUGUACCGUGUGGAAAAUGUCUUGGCAACAUCUCUCCGUACCUAGUAGUUAGGUACGGUUUCAACCCAAGGUGCAAGGUCAAGGCUUUUACUGGUGACAAUCCAGCUUCCAUGAUUGGAAUGAAGGCUUGUACUCGCGACGCUGUUAUCAGUUUAGGAACGAGUGACACGUUAUCAUUUUCCAUGGAUGAAUACAACUCUAAGCCAUGUUUGGGUGGUCUUGUCAUGAUCAACCCGCUCAAUCCCAAUAUCUAUAUGAUUAUGCUAUGCUUCAAGAACGGGAGUUUGACCCGCAGCAAGGUCAAGGACAAUUGCGGGUUAGGGUCGUGGCGAGAAUUUGACGAGGCUCUUGAGAGGGGUGUGCCUGGUAACCACGGUCACAUCGGAAUUUAUUACGACUUACCUGAAAUCCACCCUCCAGUUCACGGAGUCAUGAGACUGGGCCCCACAAACUUGGUGAUGACGUCAUUCGAACCGGAAAUAGAAAUCAGGGCUCUGGUCGAAGGACAGGUGGCCGUUAAGAAGUUACACGCCCUUAAGAUGGGGAUAAAUCUUGAUGGAGUGGAAAGAAUUUUAGCUACGGGCGGUGCCUCUGCCAGCAAGCCGACGCUUCAGAUCAUAGCGGAUGUUUUCGACAAGCCGGUCGUAACCAAAGACAUUAAAAACUCGGCCUGCCUCGGCGGUGCAUACCUGGCCAAAUUUGGCUUUAAAGAUCCUGAUAAUGAUGAUGGUGGCGCUGCUGGUGAUGAUGAUGAGGACGGUGGGGGUGGUAGUGGUGGGGGUUGUUUUGGCAAUAAUGACGAUGAUGGUGAUGAUGAUGAUGAUUGUCUUAAUACCAUUUUUCCUAACAAAGAUGCCGUCAAGGUGAGUUAUUGUUUUAUUAUUGUUAAUAUUAUUAUUAUUAUUAUAAUUAUUAUUAUUUUUGUUGUUUUUGUUAUUAUUAUUGUUGUUGUUGUUGUUGUUGUUGUUGUUGUUGUUGUUGUUGUUGUUGUUGUGACGUAA